AGGAAGCCCCCCCUCGCCGGCCCUUCUCCCCGGUUUGCGCGGUGGAGUUGGCACUGGGAGCGAGCAGCGGUGGAACAACAAGUGACUAUGAGCACAGAUGAGACUGCGCAGGGCUCGAGUGCGCCUGAGAAAUUCGGGAGUUUUCACCAAAAUUGGUGGGACUAUUUGAGCGGGACAGAAGGGUGAAGUGCGUAAGGGAAAGCAGAAGUGGGACCCCGUAAGACUUACGGCGUCCCUGAGUCUUCCGCUGCUGACGCGCCUCCACUGCGAGGGCCGCGAAGGGGCCAGGCUCCUGCGGAGCGAGAGAAAACGAGCGCACAACCGUCGUUCCUUCACCAAAACCUGGAAAUUUUACCUCGCACGGCAGGAUCUGUGUGUCACGUACACUUUUUGAAUGUGGCAUUGGCUAGACAAUUGAGAUAUUGAAAAUAGCUAACCUUUUUUCCAUUGCUGUGGACUGGACAGGACACAUUUGACUAAUUGGCAAUGUUUUGCCUGUGAAGUGCGGUUUUGUUCAAUUUGAGCCCCCCAUCAGCACCCCCCGCCGCUCCGACUCGGCCAUCUCUGUGCGCUCCCUGCACUCCGAGUCCAACAUGUCCCUGCGCUCCACCUUCUCCCUGCACGAGGAGGAGGAGGACACGGAGCCCCAGGUAUUUGCAGAGCAGCCCUCGGUCAAGCUGUGCUGCCAGCUCUGCUGCAGCGUGUUCAAGGACCCUGUCAUCACCACCUGUGGGCACACCUUCUGCAGACGAUGCGCCUUGACCUCAGAGAAGUGCCCGGUGGACAAUGCCAAGCUCACUGUGGUGGUGAAUAACAUUGCCGUGGCCGAACAGAUCGGUGAGCUCUUCAUCCACUGCAAGUACGGCUGCCAGUCAUCCGCCUCUGGCAAGCCCAGUGCCUUUGAGGUGGACCCACUGGGUUGCCCCUUCACCAUCAAGCUCAGCACCAGGAAAGAUCACGAAGCGAGCUGUGACUACCGGCCUGUCCGCUGCCCCAACAACCCCAACUGCCCCCCUCUGCUCACCAUGAACUUGGAAGCCCACCUGAAGGAGUGUGAGCACAUCAAAUGCCCCCACUCCAAAUAUGGGUGCACCUUUAUCGGGAACCAGGACACGUACGAGACCCACCUGGAGGUGUGCAAGUUCGAGGGGCUGAAGGAGUUCCUGCAGCAGACGGAUGACCGCUUCCACGAGAUGCAGGUGGCGCUGGCGCAGAAGGACCAGGACAUCGCCUUCCUGCGCUCCAUGCUGGGCAAGCUCUCUGAGAAACUGGACCAGCUGGAGAAGAACCUGGAGCUGAAGUUCGAUGUUCUGGACGAGAACCAGAGCAAGCUGAGUGAGGACCUGAUGGAGUUCCGUAGGGAUGCCUCCAUGCUCAAUGAUGAACUGUCUCAUAUAAACGCCAGGCUCAAUAUGGGCAUCCUGGGAUCCUAUGACCCCCAGCAGAUAUUCAAGUGCAAGGGCACCUUUGUGGGCCACCAGGGCCCCGUGUGGUGCCUGUGUGUGUACUCUACCGGUGAUCUGCUCUUCAGCGGCUCCUCCGACAAAACCAUCAAGGUCUGGGACACCUGCACCACUUACAAGUGCCAGAAGACAUUAGAGGGCCACGAUGGCAUUGUCCUGGCUCUGUGCAUUCAAGGGAACAAGCUGUACAGCGGAUCAGCAGACUGCACUAUCAUUGUGUGGGAUAUUCAGACACUACAGAAAGUCAACACUAUCCGGGCUCAUGACAACCCAGUCUGCACCCUGGUGUCUUCACACAACAUGCUCUUCAGUGGCUCCCUCAAGGCCAUUAAGGUGUGGGACAUCGUGGGCACGGAGCUCAAGCUGAAGAAGGAGCUGACUGGACUGAACCACUGGGUCCGGGCACUGGUCGCGUCUCAAAACCACCUGUACAGUGGCUCUUACCAGACCAUAAAGAUCUGGGAUAUUCGCUCUUUGGAGUGUGUUCACGUGCUUCAGACCUCUGGUGGCAGUGUGUACUCCAUCGCUGUUACCAACCACCAUAUCGUUUGUGGAACUUACGAGAACCUCAUCCAUGUGUGGGACAUUGAGUCCAAGGAGCAGGUGCGAACGCUGACUGGCCACGUGGGCACUGUGUACGCCCUGGCCGUCAUCUCUACGCCAGACCAGACCAAAGUGUUCAGUGCCUCCUACGACCGCUCACUCAGGGUGUGGAGUAUGGACAACAUGAUCUGCACUCAGACCCUGCUGCGGCAUCAGGGUAGCGUCACGGCGCUGGCUGUCUCCCGAGGGCGCCUCUUCUCUGGGGCUGUGGACAGCACUGUCAAGGUGUGGACCUGCUAAUGCCAUCCGUGGUUUGCUCCCCCUGCCAGGGUGCAGCCGGGAAGUGUCACAUGACAGGAGACGGUUUAAUUUCAGACUGCUUUCACGGUUAUUGUAAUGAUGAUAAGGAAUCGACAACGCCAAGCUCGAAAAUGUUGCUUCGUUCAAAAAAAAAAAAAAAAAAUUUCUCGGUUGAUUGAAUUGUGAUUCUGUACACCACUAUGGGGCCAGGUGUUUUUUUUUUAAUGCAACUGUAGAGUCAGUGCAGUGGAGGUACUGGAUCCCACUGGAGCCUUUCACACUGACACCGCCUUGGACACACAGGGUGCCUCUUCUUCCCGCUAUGAGUGCCAUGACGAUUGGGACCGGUGGAAGAGCACCCCUCAGCUCACACCUUCAGGGCUGUAUUCACACACUGGGUACACAGAGCUGCCAGACUGAAGUAUCUGCCUUAUCUGAGCAUGUGAAUGCGCAGCAUUGGCGCAGCCUCAUGGAAAACUCCACCCCCCUUCCAAUGACAUUCCCACAUCUGAGAGGGUGCCUCUGGCCCUGCUGAAGCCAAACCCCUCCCCUUUCAAGCUGAGCAGUGUGGAGGAACAUGAAGAUACUGUAUUGCCAAUGUUCUCCUGUAAUCCGGGGAUGCGGCAGGCGGGGCUGACCGACACUGCAAAAAAAAAAAAAGUAGAGAAACAAAGGAGAAACUGCGUGCUUGUACGUGUCUGCACUCAAGUCUGAAACAAAGCAAAGUGCUGAUACGGUUUUUUAAUGGUUCAUUCCUUGCUUUGAGGCCAGAAUUCCCUCACGGUUGGCAAUUCCUGAAGUUGUGGUGUGAUGAUAAAGCCGUCUAGCCCUUGUUCAUAGUUAGGGGGCCUCUGUUUGCUGGGAUGUGCUGCUUUGCUGUUCCCCGUUAGCUGCCGGGGGAAGCUCCGCCGGGGAAGCUCCCGCCAGGUUGGGGGAACGUGGUUUCGGUGGGCAGUCUCAGCCAUCAGUGACCCCAGUUCAUUUCUUCAUCGCUGCGGAGGAGCUGCGACCGAUGCGUUUUCGAGUCAAGCGCUUGACUUUUUAUGCUUUAUAGCUGCAUCACCUUUUCCACACGGCAGCUGUUCAAAAGAAAGAGAGGAGGAAGACGAGUUCAGAAUUAUGCACACGAAAGUCACACGAGCUGAGCUGCCAGUGUGGAGAAAAAAAGUGUCUUGUGCCCAUUUCACCUUCUUGGUUUAGUGAAGAACUCCAAACCGCUGCUUUAAUGUGAUUGCUGACGCAUUUUUAAACUUAAAGUGCUGCUGUCUAUUUUAGAUAGGCCUUUUUUAUAUGUGUAAAAUAGUCCUGUAAACUAUAUUUUUAACCCCAUUGUACGCUUCAUGCGGUGUUUCCUUACAAAAGGUUCAAUACUUUUUUUUUUUUCCUUCUUCUGUAGGCCUGGCUCAUUGGGCAGAAAGCUGGCAGUGCCGCUCAUGUCCUGGCCAGCACUGAGCAGAGCUUAAUUUUCAUUAGAUUUUAAUUUGGGGCAUCCUGUUGAUGGGCAGCUCAUUUAAAUCAUGGUAACAAAUAAACUCCUAAAACUUGGUUUAAAAGUCAUAAUGCCGAAGUUGUGAUUGACUUGGCCUUUGAUUGAAUUUGAGAUAAGCAGAACUCUUUUGUGAGGGUACACUGCAGUGUGUAUUUGCAGUGCCAAUGGUGCCAUAAGCAAGCGCAUGGUUAAUUUCAGGCUUUUUCCCUAGCUCUGUGGAGGAAAGAUGUUAAAAGGUACGACGUGGAGUGCGGGGGAGGGUGGGAGAGGACUUUCUCCCACAGCAGUGAUAUACAUCACGCUCACUUGUAUACAUUAUGUUAAGCUUGAUUUUACCAUUAAAGCAGUGUACACUUUGGUA